GGCAGCGGGCUGGGGUUGCGCGCGGCGGACAGGGGGCGGAGCCCGAGCCGGAGCCGGAGCCGGAGCCGGAGCUGGAGCGGACGGGCGGCGGCCGCACUCGGACCUGGGAGCCCGCGCGCUGCUCGCGAUUCGCCCCUGAGAACACAUCAGUAGAGGCGCCCAGUGAAAGCGAGUCUGAGUGGAUGAGCAGGCGGUCCGCAGGCGCUAAAGGGGGAGGGCAUCCCGGGCCGAGAGGCUGAAUGGUCCCAGGGUGGGACUGACCUAACUGGAAUCUUUAAUUGAGGAGCAAAUGCCAGCCCGGACCAAGAAAGAUUGUGCAAUGAAUGGUGAUACUCGAGCUGCAGUGGUGACCUCACCACCCCCAACCACAGCCCCUCACAAAGAGAGGUAUUUCGACAGGGUGGAUGAGAACAAUCCCGAGUACUUGCGGGAGAGGAACAUGGCACCAGACCUUCGCCAGGACUUCAAUAUGAUGGAACAGAAGAAGAGAGUGUCCAUGAUUCUGCAAAGUCCCGCUUUCUGUGAAGAGUUGGAAUCAAUGAUACAGGAACAGUUCAAAAAGGGGAAGAACCCCACAGGCCUGUUGGCGCUACAGCAGAUAGCGGAUUUUAUGACGACAAACGUGCCGAAUGUGUACCCAGCAGCUCCGCAAGGAGGGAUGGCUGCCUUGAACAUGAGUCUUGGUAUGGUGACUCCUGUGAAUGACCUCAGAGGGUCUGAUUCCAUUGCCUAUGACAAAGGGGAGAAGCUGCUGCGGUGUAAGCUGGCAGCGUUGUACCGACUGGCGGAUCUGUUUGGGUGGUCUCACCUGAUCUAUAAUCACAUCACGACCAGGGUGAGCUCCGAGCAGGAGCACUUCCUCAUUGUUCCUUUUGGACUUCUCUACAGCGAAGUGACCGCGUCCAGCUUGGUCAAGAUCAAUCUACAAGGAGACGUGGUAGAUCGCGGAAGUACUAACCUAGGAGUAAAUCAAGCCGGCUUCACCUUACACUCUGCGGUCUAUGCUGCUCGGCCGGAUGUCAAGUGCGUCGUGCACAUUCACACACCAGCAGGGGCUGCGGUCUCUGCCAUGAAAUGUGGCCUCUUGCCCAUCUCCCCAGAGGCGCUUUCCCUUGGAGAAGUGGCGUAUCAUGAUUAUCACGGGAUUCUGGUUGAUGAGGAAGAAAAAGUUUUAAUUCAGAAAAAUUUGGGGCCUAAAAGCAAGGUGCUCAUUCUGCGGAACCACGGGCUCGUGUCCGUUGGAGAGAGUGUUGAGGAAGCUUUCUACUACAUCCACAACCUUGUGGUCGCCUGCGAGAUCCAGGUUCGAACUCUGGCCAGUGCAGGAGGGCCGGACAAUUUAGUCCUCCUGGAUCCUGGGAAGUACAAAGCCAAGUCUCGUCCCCCCACGUCUCCGGCUGGGGAGGGCAGCGGAUCACCUCCCGCGUGGCAGAUUGGAGAGCAGGAGUUUGAAGCCCUCAUGCGGAUGCUCGAUAAUCUGGGCUACAGAACUGGCUACCCUUAUCGAUACCCUGCUCUGAGAGAGAAAUCUAAAAAGUACAGCGAUGUGGAGGUUCCUGCCAGUGUCACGGGUUACUCCGUUGCUAGUGACGGUGAUUCGGGCACUGGCUCCCCUCUCAGACACAGUUUUCAGAAGCAGCAACGAGAGAAGACAAGAUGGCUGAACUCUGGCCGGGGUGACGACGCUUCUGAGGAAGGGCAGGCGGGAAGCAGCCCCAAGUCGAAGACUAAGUGGACUAAAGAGGAUGGGCAUAGAGCUUCCGCCUCUGCCGUCCCCAACCUGUUUGUCCCGUUGAACACGAACCCAAAAGAGGUGCAGGAGAUGCGGAACAAGAUUCGAGAGCAGAACCUACAGGACAUUAAGACGGCGGGCCCCCAGUCCCAGGUUUUGUGUGGUGUGGUGAUGGACAGGAGCCUGGUUCAGGGGGAGCUGGUGACGGCCUCCAAGGCCAUCAUUGAGAAGGAGUACCAGCCCCACGUCGUCGUGAGCACCACGGGCCCCAACCCCUUCAACACGCUCACCGACCGCGAGCUGGAGGAGUACCGCAGGGAGGUGGAGCGGAAGCAGAAGGGCCCUGAAGAGACCCUGGACGAGAGGAGCGACCAGAAAGAAGACAGUCCUCCCGAGCCCCCUGCCGCCCCCCACACUCCCCGCACCCCCGUCAAGCUGGAGGAAGACCUGCCGCAGGAGCCGCUUUCUGGAGACGACAGUGAGGCCGCCACCUUCAGGCCGACUCUCCCUGACCUGCCCCCUGAUGAGCCUUCAGAAGUGCUCGGCUUCCCGACGUUGGAGGAGGAGGAGGAGGAGGAGGAGGUGGGGGCGCUUUGCGAAGCCGGGCGCCCCCCAAGCCCCGCCAGGCCCGCCGCGGAGGCCAGCCCCGAGCCGGCCGCAGCCCAGGCGGCGGAGGAGCCUGCCUCCCCGGCUGCCGAGGAGGGGGCCGCUGCGGACCCCGGCAGCGACGGGUCUCCGGGCAAGUCCCCGUCCAAAAAGAAGAAGAAAUUCCGCACCCCCUCCUUCCUGAAGAAGAGCAAGAAGAGGAGCGACUCCUGAAGGCCCGUCCUGCACAAACCGAUGCCACCAGACUGUCCCCGACCGAGUCUCGUGUCUGCCCUCCCGUGUAACGGAAUGCAAAAGCCCGCCCCUCGUGUAGCUAGCGCUCCCCUCACGCGUGACCGUGACCGGAUCCCCACCUAGACCGGUGCUAACCUCGUGCGCGCGGCAGCCCGGCCCGGCCCGCAGCCUCGGGCUCUGCGUCCAGCUCCGAGUCCUGCCCUGCAGGGACCAGCACCUCAGCCCACCGCCUGAGCUCCCCGCGGGGUGGUAGGUAAGUCAUGGUUCUGGCUGGGUCCCCCCUCCCCUGUGAAGUGGCCCGCACCCCAGCCUUGCCAGGUUCCCUUCCCCCAGGGUCUCAGGUGACCGACCCGGUCACCCCGGAGCUUCCUGCUGGCAUCACCUGCCCAGUGACCUCCCUUCGAGACACGGAGCCGUGGUCCUGCUGGAUCACGGCCCAGGCCACUGUGGCCUUUGAGGGGCGGGUGUGGCGGACGGGCCUGCGCGCACCCACCACAGUCUGCACGUGUCUCGGCGCGUCCCCCGCAGCAGCGGGGAGCCAGACCCGGGGCUCUGUUCCGUACACCCUGGGGUCUCUUGGUCCGUGUCCUGGGUAAGGCGUGUCAGGAGGAAGGUCCUCUCAGUAGGUUUGCAGCUCCCCCCGCAGCCUCGUUCCCCCUCCUGGGCCCGCCGGCGAGCUGCAGCGCCCUCGCAGCCCUGGGGGAGGUUUCCAAACGGAGGGGGUCUGCCUUCGCCCUCCGCCGCAGCUCAGCCCAGAGGCUGUGCUCGCUUUGGGGGAAGGGCGCGGAGGCAGGAGGUGGGAGUUGGCCUGGAGCCCGACGUGCCCUCCAGCACCGCGGGGACCGCUGCCCUCAGAUCCCUGGCAAACAGCACGAGGCUGCUGAGUGGGGCCCAGUGGGUGGCCAGCACCUGCUGGACAGUGACGCGUUCCAGGAACUUCAGCGCCAGCCCCAGGCAGGCCUCCGGAGUGGGGAGGGGCCCUUGGUGGACCUGGCGCCACACACUGGACACCCAGGCAGGACCUGAGGCCGGCUGCAUGGCACUGACCUCUGCUUGAAGCUUACUGGUGAGCGAGCCGCUUCUCUGCUGUGUGCAGUCCUGUGGCCCAGGUGGGGGCAGCGUCCCCCCCCACACCCUGUAUUGAGUGAACCGCAGGCUCUUUCUCUUAUCCUUUCCUCCGACCCCAUGUAUGCAAUGACUGUAAUCUCAGUUUUGUAGUUUAACUUUGUAUUACAACACGAAGUGUAGCUGCGUGUAUGGACACAGGCUUGGGAGGACAGGCCCUAUGGCCUUUCCUCACUGUAACAUUUUACUCACAAUAAAAUUCUUUACGCAGUUUC